UCUUGUAAACUUGUGAGCUCAUCAGCUUUGCUUAUCUUUUUAACGCGCUGCGUUUAACACGAAUUUUAAGCUGGGAUCAUAAAACUUUAUUCCUCCGUUGUAUUUGAGACAUGAACUUUUAUUGUCAUAAUAACAUUUUGUCACUAAGCAUUUGGCAAGAUAUUCAUUGGUAUGAAGUUAAGUUUUCUAAUCCAACUGAUGUUUUUUAAUUCACAUUGAGCACUGUAAAUGAAUUUUUAUUUAUUUUUUCUGUCUGUCUCUCUCUCUUCAAUCGUCUUCAAUUGAUAUUAGCAAAAAUAUUCACAUAAAAAAUUGUUUUUAUUGACACUUUACAAACACCGGGGGGUUCUUUCUGUUCGUUUAUUCCCUCGCGAUUAUCGCACAACAAAUGAAGUUCUUUGCUGUCGUUUGGUGUUAAUUGUUAGUUCAAUUAUUGAACAUUGAAUUAUAAAAAUACUUUUAUACACACAAUAUCGACUAACUUUAUGUGCGACUUCAUCCAACAAGUUCUGGUGCCGACUGUUUACAAAGGAAUUUUAUUGCUUUCUUUGGGCUUAUUGACGCUCGAAGCACACAAAGCUAUGAAGAAACUGCCUCUAAGGCAAAUAUUGUUGAAGCAGAAUACAAUGCGAAAACGAUUGUGCGGGAAGACACGCUCUUCUACUCAAAUUUCUCUCAUGGAAGAACACAACACAAGUGAACGAAUGUUGUCGUACGGAGCUUUGAUAAAUCAUCAGCAUUAA